UGCAGACAUAUAUAAACAUAAAAACCAUCGACAACGCCUUGUUUUCAGACCACCCAAAACGAGUUUCCAGUACAAUCCCUCCUUACAGAUCCUUGAACUGCCACUGUCCUUACGAAACACGUAUAAUAAAGCGUCAAGAUGAGGGUUUCCGCCGUCAUCCUUGCACUUGUUGCGGCUGCCUCUGCCCAGGAUACCUACACUGCAACAGGUGUAGGAUGUGAGCCUCACGACGACCAUUGGCACUGCCCAGCUGGUGUUGCCGAGCCUACAACAGCCCCUGCUGCUGCGAGUGUCGACACUGUCUCUGCCACUGCCAGCGGCGUGUGCGAGCCCCACGGUGACCACUGGCACUGCCCAUCAGGCGUAGCUGAGCCCACAUUCGCUCCUUCAGCUAUCGCUGCCACCACAGUUGCGUCGGGAAGCAUCACAUCCGUUCCUGCUGCGUCUGCAUCUGCUUCUACGUCAGUAUCUCACAGUCAUGAUGAAGAUGAUCACGACCACGAUCAUGAGCAUUCCGCCACUGCUGCUACCUGCGAGCCUCACGGCGACCACUGGCACUGCCCAUCUGGCGUCGCAGAGCCCACCACUGCUCCUGCUCAGACCGUCACUACUUCAAGGGCUACAACAACAUUUGCUUCUGUCGCCUCAGGUUCCGCAAAUGCGGCAGCCACGCAAUUCGACGGCGCCGGAUCUGCUGUCAGUGUGGGCCAGCAGGGCAUCCUUGCCAUUGUCCUGGGUGCUGUCGGUGCUUUCUUCUUGUAGGUCUGCAAGCGCUGAAGUAUCACAUAUAGCACAGCUCUAUGCACACUCAAGAUCAACGACUUAACAUGAAGGUUGCUACGGGAACCCAAAGGAAAGAAUUUCUGCGUUCGAUACCCUCUUCCAAUUUGCUCUAUAGAGCAA